AUGUGGGGCCUGCUGCUCUGCGGGGGCUGGCUGCUGGCCGCCGGCUACCUGGUGGGUGCCAUGGGUGGCUGCUGGCACCAGUGCUGCCCGGGCAGGACUCUCUUUUCCCUCAUCCAUCCUGCCUGCUCCCCUGGCCUGCCGGCAGCAGUGGGCUGCGCGGUGGGGCCCUGGGGGCCAUGGAGCGGGUGCAGCUCCCGGCACGGAGGGGAGCCCUGUCCCGACCUCAAGCAGCGCCGCGGCUGCCUGGGGGAGCACCCGACCUGCGGGAUGGCCAAAGAGGUGGCCAAGAUAUUACCUGACUCCUUCAGCCGGGACUUCAGGGAUCCCUGGCGAAGAGCUGGGCUGCUGCUGCUGGAGGAGCCAUCCAGGACGUUUUGGGUGGCCGCCUCCGUGGCGGGGUGCCAGGGCUCAUGGGUGCAGGAAGGGCUGCAGGAGGGCUGUGUCUGCCCCCCGCCGGCUCUCAUCUUCGUGUAG